CUCCUCAUCUCAGACUCGACUCUACUCGGCACAGCUCGACACACCCUGGCUUGGCUCUGUGAAGUCAGCAGACAACAGGCGGGACGCAUGCGUCCUGCGCGUAAACCAAGACUGGAAGGUCCUGGCUGCAUCUUUACGACACAUCUGACUACUGUUGCGUGCAAAGCUACCGUCAAAUAGCUACAUGAUCCGUUUAAUCCCGAAGCCUUCUCUAUCCCUGCAGAAAAGAAGGUAACGUGUAACCUGGAAUCGGCGGGAGGAUACAAAAUUCCCUGGGAAAUAAAGAACGCUUGGAUAAAGUCGCUUGGGACUGUUUCCAGCUAAGAUCCGUCCCAUUGGGUUUGGCAGGGAUGAGAUUGCCGAACUGCAGACGAUGCUCAGUGGAAGGAGAUGGGAAGGAGCUGGCUCCCCCCGUCAGAAAUCCAUUCGUGCAUGACUUGAGAUUCACAACGCUCCAGAAGGCUCAGAUUGCUGUGAUGACAGUGACGCUGUUUCCCCUGCGGCUGCUGAUGGCUGCCUUCAUGAUGCUCCUGGCGUGGCCGUUUGCCUUCCUGGCCUCUAUGGGGCGCUCUGAGACCGCCAUGGAACCCCAGAACCUCUGGAGGAGGGUGGUGGAUGUGGUGUUGAAAACCCUCAUGCGGGCCAUGUGGUUUACCGGAGGCUUCCACUGGAUGAAGGUGAAGGGGCGCCAGGCUCCGCCAAGCGAAGCACCCAUCUUCACACUGGCACCACACUCCUCCUACUUUGAUGCCAUUCCUGUUACCAUGACGAUGGCCUCCAUUGUCAUGAAGGCCGAGAGCAAGGACAUUCCUCUUUGGGGCACCCUGAUAAAGUACAUCCGGCCAGUGUUUGUGUCACGCUCAGAUCAGGACUCUCGCAGGAAGACGGUGGAGGAGAUCAAACGCCGGGCCCAAUCUGAUGGGGAGUGGCCUCAGAUCAUGAUCUUCCCUGAGGGAACGUGUACCAACAGGUCCUGCCUGAUCACCUUUAAGCCAGGAGCGUUCAUCCCAGCAGUGCCUGUCCAGCCAGUGGUGAUCCGAUACCCCAAUACACUGGACACCAUAACGUGGACAUGGCAGGGCCCAGGAGCGUUUAAGAUCCUGUGGCUCACACUCUGUCAGCUGCACAACGAGUUUGAGAUUGAGUACCUCCCUACCUAUACCCCAUCAGAAGAGGAGAAGAAGAACCCAGCGCUGUUUGCUCAGAACGUGCGGCGGAUCAUGGCCAAGGCUUUGGAUGUGCCGAUCACAGACUACACGUUUGAAGACUGCCAGCUGGCCAUGGCUGAAGGGCAGCUCCGCCUCCCCUCUGACACCUGCCUGCUGGAGUUCGCCCGCCUCGUCAGGAGACUGGGUCUGAAGCGGGAUAAGACGGGGCGUAUCCUGGAGGAUUAUGGGAUGCGUGCCCGGAAGCGCCGAGGGGAGCGCGUGCAGCUGGAAGAGUUUGCCCGCUUCCUGGACGCCCCCGAGUCCGACCUGAUCAGGGACAUGUUUGCCCUCUUCGACGAGCAUGAGGAUGGCACGAUGGACAUCAGAGAGUUUGUCAUUGCCUUGUCAGUGGUGUGCCGACCAGCUAGAACUCUGGAAACGAUGAAGCUGGCCUUUAAGAUGUACGUGGAGGAAGUGGACAGCUCCAUCAUUGAAGGGGAGCUGGCCUGUAUCCUGCAGACAGCCCUGGGUGUGGCUGACCUCUCGGUGACCUCUCUGUUCCAAGCUGUCGAUGCGCAUGACGAAGGGAAAAUCACAUUUGAAUCAUUCCAGAGCUUUGCGGAGCUGCACCCGGACUUCGCCGAGGAGUUCCUGUUCGGCGAGAAAAGGGUCUUCCGAAGCCCCAGUCAGACCCCUGUGGCCCCACCGGCGUCCAACGGCUUCUGCAAGAAGCUAGACUGAGCCCUCCCACACACACACACACACACACACCCCACCCCCCCACCACCGUCCUGCUGCUCUCCUGGCGAAAGCAGCGACAGCCGGACCAGAUGCCGAAUUUACGCCCCACCUCCCCUCAGGCCUCUGUGGUUAUCUGUGGUUGUUUGGUGGAGUCUUCUUAGGGCAAGGACUUCAAUCAGAGAAAAAAAAAAAAGCCAAAAGCUUCUGGCAAACGUCUUCAUACUUCAGCGAGGUACUAAUACUUGAAGGCCAAACAGUUCCAUUAAUUUCCUCUAGCUGUGAAUUAGACUGCAUGUUUCAUCAGGUGAUUCACUGACUCAAUGACUAACAGACAAAUGGAGAAGGCAGAUCAGAGCCUUUGUGCCACAUCCCCUUCCCCCCACCCCUCCGACAGGUAAACGCACAGGUGAGGAUAGCCAGUUGAGUGUGUUUCCCAUUGGUGACCCCAUAAACACAGGUGUGUGGGUGUGUGUGUGUGUGUGGGUGUGUGUGUGUGUGUGUGUGUUGGACUCAUCAACCAGUUUGGCGCCUAUGACCCAUCUGUCUGCUGGGAAGUCUCCGCUCAGACAACAGCUGGGUCUGGAAUAGAUAUGGAUCUGAUUUGGCGCAGAUCUAGCAGCCAGAUCAGGGCCGGACCUGCGCCGGAGGCAGCUGCUGUCUGGGUUUCCUGUUAGCACUGACAGAUCUGAGGUGCAGAGAUGAGUCGGAGUCGCUUGUUUUUGUAUUUUAGCUCAGGGGGUUCCCUUUAAACGUGCGCGACAUGUUAGCUCGGCUGUGGUGAGGUAGGUUUCACACACACACUUUACACACACAGACACACCGUGUGUGUUAUGCUGUUUCGUCUCUCUUUAGCAGUUGAUGUCCUUCCAGCAUUCUCCCAUUCAGAAGUUGAGGACCAUUCCUUUAUGACAUGAGGACCCACAUGCAGCCCAGUUGGUAUGAGUGUGUGUGUGUGUGUGUGUGUGUGUGUAUGUGUGUGUGUGUGUGUGUGUGUGUCUUUGUGUGUGUGUC